AUGUCCAACCUCACGUACGCCUCCUUCGCCUUUCCACUCCCUGGGGGAGUCGGCCCCUCUGCAAUCCCAUACAUACAGUCCACGAUCAACCACCUAAACUCGUCCACGGACUACGACAGCGCCGGUAACCGCUCAUUUGGUGGAAUCGAUGCGGGUAUCACAGCCAAUGACAUUGUGGAGGUAUCGUGGACAGAGCCCGAAGAUACAAACAACGCUGUGAGCGGGAUAGCUAUCGACUGCAUUAGCUGUCCCCAAGACUCAACAAAAUUGGUCGGCGAGCAGAGGUGGCAGGCGUGCGAUAAUUUUACAACACAAGUCGACACCAUAUCCCGUCAACUUUCAGGUUACCAAAACGGCUCGCGUAUAACGCUGAAGAUUCCCGAGUACAAUGGCAAUAGUUACCAGCCGCAUGACAAGCGACGCAGCGAGGAUCUGCUGGUCAUAUCUGUGUGUUCCUUCUUCCUGGUAAAUGCCGAUAACGAUCAAAGGGUGAACCGAAGCCAGAUUUUCAUGGUACACAACAAGCCGCGCUGGGGGAAACUGUACUACGAAGAUGAUACGGUGUAUCGAUACAACGAGACGUUCCCGUGGGGUGUGGCAGAUGGAGACGAAAGCGGCGUGAUGGAUACACCCACUCAACCCAGUGACAACGACACCAACAACAACACCAACAACAACGAGGGAACGGAACAUUUAAAAGAGAAAGGCAUGAGCGUAGGCACAAAAGUUGGAAUCAUCAUGGCCGUGCUAGUGGGUGCCUCUGCACUAUUCUACAUGUUUUUCCACUACCGCGCAUGGAAGCAACGCACAGCUACUCCCAUGGCCGCACCGCUCCCACCACCGCAAGACCCAGACGAAGAGGACGUCACCCACGUCAACACAACAGCCGUCGCAAAACCACCCCCAGCAUACAACGAAGUCGUAACAGACCAAGAGCGCGUGCAGGCGCAGUACCAGAUCCAACACACCGAUACGCCAGUCCCUGCAUAUGCGCCCAAUCCAACCACAUCCUCCGCUGUAUAA